AUGCAGAAGAGGAAUGUUUAUGCAGUUCCGGAUCUCCCGGUAAAGGAAAUAAUGCAAUACUUCAACGAGAUGGAAAUAAACAUAAAGGCAAGCGACAUUCUUAAGCCAACGCCUCAGUCAACUCAAAGGAUCUAUGAGAUAUUACUAGAGGUAUAUUGUGGAAUCAAGACAUCCGACCUAGUAUCCAGAACAGAGAGCACAGAAGGGUUUGAAGAAUCCUUGUCAUACCUUCUUCUCCAGAAGCGAAUGGAAGGCUUUCUCAGGAAAAUAGGCAUGGACAACUUUGGGCUUCGAGACCUUUCUCCAGAUUCAAAAAGGCUUAUUGGAAUUCUGAGUGUUAUUGUAAACUUCUCGAUGUUUAGAGAUAACAAAAGACAUGUUUACGAGAGAGUAUGCCAAGCUAACGACGAGAAGCUACUUUUGAAGAACGAGAUAGAUGAAAGAGUUUAUAAUGCCCGAAAAGAGCUUGAGAAGUGCGAGAAAGAUGCAAAAAAGAGUGUUGAGGACGCAAAGGAAGUUGAAAAAGAGAUUUCUCUACUGGAAUCUGAGCUUAAAGACUUCUACAAGCAUCAAAGAGCCCUAGUACAGGAAACAGAAAGAAUUAAAGCAGAGAGGAAUGAGUAUAGUGACAAGCUGAGUUCUUUAAGGCUAAUGCUGCUUAACUUCAGUCAGGAAAUAACCUGUUUGAAGACACAGGUUGUAAGUGAUCCCACAAAGCUCAUGGAGCUUCUUGAAGAGAUGAGGAGCCUAAUUUCCAAGGAGAACGAGAUAAUAAGGGGACUGGAGACAAAGAGAAUAGGUCUCAAGGAGAAAACCGAAUUUAUGGAAUUGAUGAAGGAAGACACAAUGAAGGCCAUUACACUGGCGAUUUCCAACAGAGAGGCUGGGAAGACUGUUGAUAGAAUAAACAGGGAGAUAUCUGAGCUAGAGGUUCAGAUAAAAAACCUUGACUCUGGCAUUAAUGCCUUAAAGAUCCGCCUGAAUCACGUGAAUAGGCAGAUUUCCCACAUCGAAUCAAAAAUAUUUAACCUUCAGGAUAACGACAAAAGAUGCUCUGAAGAAAUAUCUGCAAAGCUUGAAAAGCUUAAAAACAACUACGGAGUUGUUUCGGGGGAAAGAAACACCAUAAGAAAGAAGAUCGAGGAGAAUGUAAGGCAGACUAAGAACAUAGAAUAUGAAUUAGUAAAGAAGAGAAACGAACAUAUUAACGACAUAACCGCCAUACAAUCAGCAUUAUGCAGGCUCAAGGACGACAUCUUCAACUACUUUGCCGAGGCCAAAGGAGUGAUUGAUAAGACCAUGUCCAGCUGA